AGGAAGUCGUCUCUGGGGUCUGGUAGCAAGAAAUCGUCAACACAGAAGUACCACUGGGUCCAGACAUCGUCAGCUAGAAAGAUGGGCAACGAAAGCAGCCUUCCAAUGGAACUCUGUUCCACAUUUGAUAUGGAUGAGAUCAAGCGGCUGGGCAAGCGAUUUAGAAAAUUGGACUUGGACAAUUCUGGGGCCCUCAGUAUUGAUGAGUUUAUGUCAUUACCAGAAUUACAUCAAAACCCUUUGGUGCAAAGAGUAAUUGAUAUAUUUGACACUGAUGGGAAUGGAGAGGUAGACUUUAAAGAAUUCAUUGAAGGCAUCUCACAAUUCAGCGUAAAAGGGGACAAGGAAUCCAAGUUGCGAUUUGCCUUCAAGAUCUACGACAUGGAUAAAGACGGGUACAUUUCCAACGGCGAGCUGUUCCAGGUGCUGAAAAUGAUGGUGGGGAACAACUUGAGGGACACCCAGCUGCAGCAGAUCGUGGACAAGACAAUCAUCCAUGCAGAUGCAGAUGGAGAUGGAAAGAUCUCAUUUGAAGAAUUUUGUGAUGUGGUAGGCAACAUGGAUGUUCACAAGAAAAUGGUUGUGGAUGUGUAAGUGGCUGUGCUCCUUGUCCUCCCCUUCCCCUUCCCCCCUGCCCAUCAUCAUCUCUUCUCCCUUCUAUGCCCAUUUUCCAUGUUCCAAAAGGCAAAGGUUCCACAAGAGCACUCUGGAUUCGUUCGGACAAGUGACAAGACAGAGCCUGUUUCACAGUGAAUAUGGAAAACACACACUGCUUGCUUUCUUGACUGCAAGAGGGACGUACUGACAGCUCAUGGCUGGGAUAUCUUUCAAUGUUUGCGUUAGAAAAUAUUUUAAAGUUUCAAGUGAUAUAAAUAAACAAUUAUGAAAAUUGUUGAAAGUUGUAACAUCGUUUUUCUGUUUUUGGUUAUACUGUAAAAGGUAUGAACCUAGAAGUAAAGUUUUCUGUGUUCUGUUUGAACAUGUUGUCACCAUUGAGUAAGUUAGUUGACAUGUCAAUGAAGGUCACAGUAGAUCUAGUUUAUUUGUAGAUGUUAAAAAGAUUCCAAUGUGUUGUCCAGUAUUUAACCUUUCUAAGAUUUAAAUCAAUUUCUGGCUCGGCACUCUGGGAAUACUGAAAUUAUCGGUGUACGUCUGCUCUUUGUCUGGCUUUCAUUCAUAUUUGCAAGACAGCCUUAGGUUGGGCACAUGCAUACAGUGAUCGUUUUGGUCAACUUUCUAUUGCUUUUGUGUCUUGUCACUCACCAAGUGAAUUCAUGAGGCUGCUGCUUAGUCGCACGUCAUCAUCACAAUUGAAGCAUACUGUGCCAGCCCCCCAGUGAUCACACAGCAUUUACAUAGUGAAAAUUGUUCAUAAUACCUAGACUAUUGGUCGCUCCCUCUGUCUCUCUUGUGGAAGCUUUGUUGUCAUGACUCCAUUUUAUUACUAAAUUUGUCUAUAUGUGGGUUAUUUUUAUACUUCAAUGUUUUAUAACUUAACUUCAAUCAAAUAUGGCGUUCACACGACUAUCCUGCUACUGACUGUGUUAGCUGUUGUAGUUUGAUCUUAUCACUGAGUUGGGUUAUUUAUUUAUUUUUUUUGGUUCUGUUUUUAGCUUUAGGUUUUUUCUUACAGCUAUUUUAUUAAUUGAUGUGCGUUUGUCCCCUUUAUAUAUGCACCUUUCUCUUUCUGUACCUGUUGUUCCAUUCUGUGUGUGGGAUGUUAAGUAUGAAUGAAAAGGAUACAAAACUUAUAAUUCCUUCCACUCUCUAUAACUCAUGCACAACUGUUUCCUCUCCUCCACUUUGAUGUGUGUUUACUGUAAGACUUUCAAAAAGAAGGCAUAAUGACUGCCAUCCUGACAUUUUACUCUGUGAGAAAUAUCAGUGGUAUGAUUACAGCUUGCCAUGACAUAAUGAGCGUGUUUUUGAUGACAUCAGACUCAUAAUAUCUUCAUCAGUUUUGUUUUUUAUUAUUUGCUACAAUAUCAACUACCCUGACUAUAUUCUCCAGUUGUUUUGACGUUUUGUUAAGUUUUCCUGACCAGAUAUGACAGCUAUUGUAACUGCAGUGAUGUCCUUAGUUAUCCAUCUUCUGCUUGUACAAUACAAUAUUAUUCAAGGCAACAUUAUUGUUGAUACAAAUGUACUACAUAUAAUAGUAUUGGAUGAAUAUUGGUUCUUGUAUUGGUACAAAGUUCCCUAAAAAGGCUGCAUUUUAGAAAUCUAAUUUAUUUAGAAGGAAAGAAUUAUUUCAGAGUAUAAAUGCUGUCUUUCACAAAUUCCGUGUUGCAAAUGUAUGUACCUUUGUUCAUUUAUUUGUCUAUUGUUGCUGCCUGACACUUAUUUCCUGUAGCUGCUGUGCGCGUGUUUGUAUGUGUGUAAAUCUGUAUAAAAGGAUGUUUAAUUUACCCCUUUUGUCAGAGUGUUAUUUAGUACGUUAGCCAAAUGAAUGGAAGACUUUAUUCUAUUAUGCUGUUGACUACGAGUCCUGACAAAAAAAAAAGAUAGUCUAACAUUUCUCUCCUAAUUAUUUUAAGUAUUUUAAGUUUGUCUGGCGUGGUUAUUUUCGUUAAGAACUAAGUAAGGAAGUGCAUUUCAUGUACAUAAGCCAUAAAGUUGUUAAGAUGGGCAUAAAGAAUCAUUUGUAUAUUGACCAUGGACCUUUUUUAAUGUUGUUGAUUUAUUUGAGUUGAGCGUAAAUUGGGCUGUGCAUAACUUGUGGAUCUUUUAUAGGCUGGAAGAAAUUUAUUGAUGAUCACUCCUUUCACAUUGUUCUAGUUCUUCCUUACUAUUUUUCGUUUAUUGCAAAAGCAUGCAGCGCAGGAAUAUGAAUAUAUAUAUAUAGAAUGACCUCUCUAAGCCUGACGCUUAAACAUUUGUGAAUAACAUCAAUAUAAAACAGCAAUCUUGUGACCUCGUCAGUUGGAAAUAUUUGAAUGGUGGUUUUUUUUUUAACAUAUAUUUUGUCGUGGUCAAGUUUUUUUUUGUUUAUUGUUCGUUAGAAGUAGCCCCGUCAGUAAAAUAUUGUCUACAGGUCUAUAAUGUACAAUCAUAUACUGGUCACAAUUUGAAAGAUUGUCCUUUUUAUUUUCUUGUUAUGGCAACAUCUUUCAUCGACUAGAGUUGGAAUUGUUAGGUACAUUUUCUUAGGUCGUGAAAUGAACUUUGAUUGUUUCCAGGACAGUGAGAAAGACUGAUUAAAUAAAAACUUUGUGUUUUACUAGACCUUUGAAUUUCAUUCAGAAGGACUGAUUAAUAAAUAAAAACUUUGUGUUUUACUGGACCUUUGAAUUUCAUUCAAGACCGUGGAAAUUUGUAAUCAAGAAGAAAAGCUUUUGCUUUGCUAGAUCAUAUUAUCAUUUUCGCCUUUAUUAUCCAUUUUCUCUACCACAUAGAUCAUAAUUUUCAUGUAUGUGUGCAGUCGUGCGCAUUUGUCAGAUGUAUUUUGUGCUUGCCAUUUAGUUUCGGAAUGUGUAUUAUAAUGAUCAUAAUGAUCAUAUGAUGUGUGAAAUGGUGUGACUCAAUUCCUAGUUUGCAUUCCUAGCCAGUGUUUUCUGUCACAUAAUAUAUAUGGAGCUUCAUUCGCAGUAGAACACCUGCCUAGUCCUUAUGAAUUUUACCCUCACCCAGUCUUUAAGUUAUUCCCCAAGCUGUGAUAUGAGGCUUUGAAAAUUUCUCACAGGCAUGCAUUAUGCAUAAUUAUCUCACAUUUGGAUGUUUGGUCUGUGUUUUUGUACCCACCUUGUUCUAUUUCUUUAGAUGGGCUAUGAGCUUGACAUAACAUUUUGACACCUGCGUUUUGUUGCGAAUGACUCAGAAAUGUUAGAGUACCAAUGCUGUGACAAAUAUCCAAAAAUUUUCAAAGUGUAUUUUAAAAUUUCGAUUGUUGAAACGUAGUAAGUUUUUGUCACCCCGUAUUGAUCUCUUCUUCUCUCUUUAUACCUACCCUGUCCUCCAUCAUUGAAUUGUCUACUUUCUCCACAUUGUUGUGACACAUCAAAUGCUUUGACAGAUUUUUGUUAUUGGAAAGUAAGAAUCAGAUGAAAGAGAGCGCCCAAGGUUAUUUCAUUUAGUUCUCCAGUAGUUCACUCUCAAUUUACAGAAUGACAUUGCUCGCACAUGAUAUUUAGAUCUGCAGUUGAACAUUUUCUAGAUCUGCUGUAACAUAACGCACAGUGAAGACUCAUCAACCAAAUAAAUUCACGAAGCAUGUACACUCAGUUUGACAGUGGUCCUGCUGGGAGGCAGCUUUCAGGGAACACCUAUCUAAUUUCUUUGCAAUUUAAAGAAACAAAGAAAACAUACACUAAGAAAAGAAAAAAGAAAAACAAACUGGCUACGGUACUUGAAAAAGUACAAAUUAUUAUUUUUCUGAAGUCAAAAUCGUUGUGUUUGCUUCUGAUGGUGUUAAUAUUAAGAAGUGUUCUUAAACUUGUAUUGAAUUGUAGGUAUUAGAAAACACUAGGAAUAGAAAUCUGAGUGAAAUUGAUCUACAGUAAAGUAAGGUACAAGAGAAACUAGAUACACCUCAUUUCGCAUCAGUGGUCAUAUUUUCAGGUUUUUAUUGAAAGUUUCUCUGAUUUGAGGCAAGGACAUGUUCCUUUGAUAUCCUGUGCAGUGUUGAGCAAGUCAGGAUGCAGGACUGUAUAAGUCUUCUUUACCACGCUGCUGGGCAGCCGAUUUGUAUAGCCUGCCCUGUCUGUCUUGCUCUACCUGUGAUUGUGUUGUCCUGCAGAUUCUUUCCAAACAUGAGGAUGUCAUAAGACCUCAUUCUUUCUUUGCCAAAGUGCAGAAAUCUUGUACAGAUCUGGAAACAGAGCACUUUUAUUCCCCCCAUCAUUUUCCUGGAUGUGGCUCCACAUAGCAUGAAUCAACGUGUGAGUGUUGUCCUCUGGGCAAGGGUAGAGACUGGAUUGCUGUUUAUGUUAUUAUAGAGUUAUAGGUUUAAAUUUAAAUCGGAGGAUUGAUACAGCUCUACUGGUGUUCUUGCAUUACAGUGAGCUCUUGAGGUCCUUGCAUAGUUUCCCUCCCCCCAUCUAUCCCAGAAAUAUACUAGCAUGCCAUCUGCUCUGUGGGCUGGGUUAGCACUUAAAACUUGUAUAAAAACCUAUGCAAUGUAGACACAAGUGAAUUUAUAGACCUGAUCACUUGGACAUUUUGCUUUUUAUUCUUAGCCAUUUUUUUCCAGCAGGCUCAUGAUUAUUUAUUAUUUUAAUUUUAAUUAUUACUUUCAAUUCAUAUUAUUAGUAAUUUUAAAAAAAUCAUACCUCUACUAAGGUGGAAAUUCUUUAUGUCCCCUUCUUUUUGGAGCACAAGUGUGCAUACACUAUACUUUCACAUACUACCGCAGACAAGAGUAUAGUGAAUUGCUGUAUCUUUGAAUUUUUUCAUCGUAUUAUUAUAUAUGACAAUCUUUUUUGAUGGUUCACAAUUGCAAAUCCGUUUUGGCUAUUGGAUAUCUUAUAAGUAUAAGUGCUACCCAACUCGAUCAACAGAUCUAAUGCAUGAACUUUCCCCUAUUUCGUUUGGUUGUUUUUAUGUUCUCGUAAUUUGUUUCUUCUAAGUUUUCUUGGUGUGAGAGUACUUUUUCAUCAUCUCUUUUUUCUCUUGUUGUGCUGUUGUCAUGAUUGCUAUUUUGUAUAUGAUCAGAUUUUCAUUAUUUUAUCUACACUUAUUGACUGUUGUUCAAAUUUUUCCUUAUUCAAAAUAAACGAAAAUACAGCCACUUCC